AUGAAUAAGUUAAGCAAGGUGCUGGAUUUCUGCAUCCGUCACCAGACUGCUCUGGGUUAUGGCACCGUGUCUCUGCUGACAGCUGGCAUGGAAGAAAUCUUCUCAUCUGUGGUGUUCAAGUGUCCCUGCAAUUCAAAGAACACGAUAUAUGGCUCUGUCUUCCUCAUAGUGCCUGCCUUCAUCCUCUUUCUGCUUGGCUACAUGGUGAACACCAGGAUAUGGCUCCUGCUGACUGGCAGCUGCACUCAGGAAAGCUGCAGCUGCAACUUCUGGGAAAACUGCAAACACUACUGUGAGGUCCUGGUGAAGGUGACAGCCAGAAACUUGGUGGCUCCCCUCACUUGGAUCGCAGUGGCCCUGCUAAGCACUGACUUCUAUGAGUGUGCAGCCAGUGGGAGCAGCUUUUGGAAGAAACGUGUGUGUAAAGACAAAGGAACGAAGUGCUACGAGCUGCUGGUCAACAUACCCUGCGGUGGGGAGUUACCAGUGAAUGAAACCUUCAGCCUUCAGGCAGAAUCUCAGCUGAUAGGAUGGGUCCUGAUAGCCUCCAUCGUGACCAUGGCACUGUUCUUCAAAUGUGUGUACAACUGCUGCUCCUCAGUUGCCUAUUUUCAACAAAAGUUCUGGAAAAUGUACUUGAAACAGGAACGGGAGCAAUUUGACACCAAGGCUGCUGAGCACGCAAGGCAUCUGGCAGAAAGAAAUAUUACUUGCUUUUUUGAAACCACUGAUCCAUCACCGUUUCAGACUCCCAGCAAUGAAGACUGGCGGAAGAUUUCCUCCCUGCAUACCUUCAGUUCGCAACAGGAGUAUUACAGCAUGAUACACAAGUACGCUAACACACAGAAAGACAGCAGGGUCAGGGGUAGGGAAGGAGCGCAGAAUCCUCCUAUUUUAGGAUUUGUGGCCAGAGCAAGUGAGAGAGAAUCUGAGUUUUAAUGAAACUUGA